AUGGCUUCCUAUAAUAUGGCAAGUUGAAGCUGCAGAGCACCAUUCAUCUGUUGUUGUUUUUUAAAUGAUAUUUAUUGAGAAUUUUAAAGUUACAAAGAAAAAAGAAAGAAAAGACAAGAGAAGGAAAAAAAGAGCGAAAGAAGUAGAUAAACAUAACAAUUAAACAAUACAGUUCAAUAACCAAAGUCAAAAAAAUAACAAAACACACAAUGCAUCUAGAUCAAAAAACAAAAAAACAAAAAACAAAAACAAAAAUAAACAAAAAAUUAAAAAAACAAGUCUAAUAUUCCCAAAUCCUUAACUUUCAUUAACUUAUUUCAACGACCUCCUCGCACCUCCCUUUUUUGUAUUCUAGUUGUUAAUUAUCUCAGCAAAUCCUUUCCAUCUUUCACAAUAUUCUGUCAUUUAGAUUACCUUAAUCUAUUUUAACCUUAUCUUACCCUAGAAAACCUUAAAACUUAAACCUUAAAUCUUAUAUAUACCAAAUUCUUUUAACCAUAACAUACUCUUACAUAAUUCUUUUUGACAUUUCUACUAAGGCCCAAUAAUUUCAUUCCAACAUUUUUCUAAUACUCAUAAUUUUACGAUACUUUUCUAAAUAAAUUUUUAGACACUUCUGUCUUCACUGCCUCCUGCAGUUUGGUCAGACUGAUGUUUGUAGCUUCAGACACUAUCCAACCAUCCAUCGUCCUCUGUCUUCCUGGUCUCAGGCUUGUGUCCUCUCAUCCAUCCCAAUCCAUCAACCUGGUGCUCUAAUGUCCGAGGCUCUUAAGUCUUUUCCAUGUCCCUUCUGCAGGUCUUCUUCUUGUUUAUGCCUGCCCUUUACUUUGUCUUUUGUUGAUCUUUUUCUUAUUUUCUUUCCUUGCUCAUUGGGGGGUAGGUCUCGGGAGGACUCCAAUCCAAAAGUCUCUCAAGAGUCUCCUCCAUAGGGGUCUCCUAAAAACUAUCAGCAGCCUCAACAAACUGCAGUUCUCAGGAUUCUUCGUGGGAAGCCAGUGAGAGAGUGUGGCCAGAUGAGGGCAGGGCUCAAGAAGAGCCCCAAGGAACUCAGGUUCUCCAGUCCUGCCACACUAACCUUCAUAUUUGAUCUUUCCUUCCUGAUUAAGAGCUCUGUGAACCCUUGACACUUUGCACGUUUAAAUACAAUGCAUGUUAAUACAAAAAGGGCGUAACCUUUUAUCGAUUUCUCCUCUGUCCCCUGGAGCCUAUAUAGCAAUAGCAAUCCAUUACACAAAUGUUGCCAGUCAAGCGACUAUUCAUUUAGCCAUCAAUUCAAAGCAAAUCAAGUUAAUAGGAAUUUUGAGUAGGAUUUGUAGACUACUUUUCACAACCGAGGGAUGAAGGCAGAUGUCAGUGAAACUUGCUCGCUUCAAGGCAGGGUGGCUUAAGUAUGCCUUUGGUUCCCUCUGCUGGAUAUUGAAAAUAGAGCAUGACUAUUCUAAGACAUUAUAGGGAUAAUUGGGGACUUGUGUUUUUAAUGAUAUGCAAGCUAGGCCCAUUCUGAAGUAAGAGAAGUACUCAGUGCUGGCAUCAGAUAUCAGAAGACAAGCUAUGUGUAUUUAUAUAUUGCCAUAAAUGUGGCUCACACACCAGUCUGCUUAACUUGUACCAGUUCAUCCAGUAGGGUCAGGUAUCCCAUGUGGUUUGUCUCUGAGUAACUAUGAAACUGCUGUCAGUGCUGCAGAGAUAAAUCCUACCAUGGGAGGUGACUCAGAUGAAUGGCUUGUUGGAUGGAGCAGUUGCCACAGAGGCCAUUUUGAGUAACUCCUGCAGGGCAGCCAUUUUGUUUGAAGUAGCUCACAGGGUCAUUUUUCCAGAGCAGCUUGUUAUCCUCUACGCUCGCAUUAAAUCAUUCACCCUCUCCAUUCCCAUUGUUACUACUUCCAGAAUACUCAUGACUUAUCUCUCCAUUAUGCCAAGGUGCAGAGACUAGCCACACUCAUUUUGUAAGUAAACAAAAGUAACAAAUUGCUCGUUAAUUAUUAUUAACGACAAAGGUAAAAUCAGGUAAAAGUUGGUCCACCCACUUCUGCCUCUGGCUCUGCCCACUGCUGGCAUGUGGCCCUAGGUACGAAAGUUGCCCAUGAGGGAAUUCAGUCUUUGGUUGAAAAAGGUCCCCCAUCCACAUAAAUUCAGCCUGGGGUUAAAUGAAAGGUCAAGGAUUUGUAAGACGGCGUGUGUGAGGUGUGGCUGUAUAUAGAAAGCUUUGACUUGUACUACACAAAGGUAAAUACUAUACUUAAAUUGAUGGCUAUUUCUUUAAGACUUAGGGUGUAUGCAACACUUUUUCUGUCCUGCUGCAGUUCAUCUUCCAUCAAAAACAAUGUUAUCCAUCUCAUUGUCUGCUGUGGCAAAAUUACACAACGGACUUAAUUAAUUACAGAAAUUGCAUAGCUUACAAAAAUAAUUACAGAAAAAUGUGACCACAUUUUUUCAAUACAAAGGAAACUCAAUGUAAAUUUGGGGUGGGGGAAGACAGAAUGUGAUCAGUCAUGUAUCAUUUGCAGGCUGAAAGCAACAACAGCAUCAAAUAUGAAUCAUAUUACUUGCCUUGAUUUCUGUUCUGGACAUGGACAAAUAAGUGAACACCUGCAAUUUCUGCUCUUAUUUAUGCAAGAAUUCUCCAACAUCCCUAUUCUAUAUUAUAGCCUUACAUCUGCUUUAUUAAAUGUAACUGUCAUGGCUUCCUCCGAAGAAUAUUGGGAGUGGAAAUGCAAUGAGGGUGGUAAUACUUUGAGAUCCCUCACAGAAUUAUAAUUCCCAGAGAUCCCUGAGGGGAGAGAAAGUCUAUUAAGCCAAUUUUAGUCAGUGAGGUAAGAUAAACCUUCAGAGUUUGGAUUGUGGGAGGAUUGUUUUCUACAUUCUUGAGUGCAAGAUAAAGAUAUUUCUUUGUACUCACAUAUUCACUUACCUUACACUUACAAACUCAUUCCUGAAUUCAGUUGCUCUGAACACUGUAGCUAAUACCCGCAUUUUUUAAAGACAUGCAUUCUGCCCAUGAUCAUUAAAGCCAGCUACUAAAUGGUGUCAUACUGUAUUAGCCCAAGUGAUACAUACAGGCAACCAGAAUCUGCUGGAUGUUUAAACUUUUCUUUUUAGUAAAAAAAAGAAAAUUCUGCAUGUCCCGCUGGGACUAUGCAACACUAUCUAAGAGACCAGGCAGAACAUCUGCACACUGAUCCCCACUUUCAAAGAUAACCGUGCCCCUUGCUAAGCAGCCACCAGGCAUCUCUGAAAAGUUACAAAUUGACAACAUUCAGAGGAAUAUUCUUCAUUCCUAAGCAUAUCACUUACGCCCCCUGGCACAAAGCGCAUCCUGUCUUAUUAACGUCUUUGACAUUUUCUAGUGAAGAAGCCUAGGUGAAAAACAGAAUGGUGAGUGGGGGGAAGGGAGGCAAUCGGUUUCCGUUAGAUUACAGGAAGAAUAGAGCUACAGAGAUUCAUUGUAGUCCCAGCAACCAUAGUGUCCUUAUUUAUUUAAAAUUUUUGUCACCAACUCCUUCAUUGCCAAAGCAAGCCUGGAGCGGGUUUCAUUAAUAUCAAGCACACAGCACAUAAACAAAAGAGGCGCGGAAUAUACACAGGUAACAAAAUAAACAAUGAUGAACCAUUAGUCCUCACCUAAAAGCCUGGGCAAAUAAGCAGAUCUUCAGCUGAUGCUGAAAACUGGCAGGAAUCAGUGCCAGCAAUAUCUGAGAAGGAAGGGGAUGCCAUGAAUGAGGUGCCACUACUGAGAAGUCCCCCUCUAACGUGUGGGGAAUUAGACUCUAGUUCCCAUUUGCAGAGUAUGUGGAAGACAGCCCUGGGUUGUUUGACCCUUUAGUUCUCUUUCCUAUAAUAACUACACAAAACACGCUGUUAUAAGGAACAUGUAACUUGUAGCUAGUUUACUUGCAGUUGAAGAUUAAAUAUAUAUACCAUGCAGGUGGAUGUUUCUUUUAGUUGCUAAAACAUCUUACAUACACUAAACUGUUGCAGACUAACAAACAUUUACAGACUGGCUGACAUUCUUGACUCUGAGGCAGACAGCAGCACAACACAACAUACCUGCUGCUCUGUUAAGACUCCCCAGAUUGUUAAUAACUGAACCAAAUGACAACAACUGCCUCAUGCACAUGGCAUCAUUAACACUUUACAUAUGCAUAAACCUUAACACUUUACAUAUGCAUUUUGGAUGCUAACAUUCCACAUAAUGUUGCCUCAUUCUGGCUUUCAGUUAAUUGUAGUACAGUUAAGAGAGGCUGCCCCGUAGAUGAUGACUCGACUAGGAGCUGAAUACAGGCAGUGAGAUGGCAUCUGCCAGUACACUCAAGGGCAGCAGGCUAGUUUAGGAGGUAUAUGUCAAACCUGUGGCACACAUAGCUCCCUUUUUAACAGAGGGGACUGGCUAGGAAACCCACAAAGAACAGCUAGGACAGGAGGUGCCACAGCUUCCCCCCAACCCCACAAAAAUGUGUCUGCCGCCUCAGGCAGUUGCCUCACUUUGCCUAACAGUAAGGUUGGCCCUGCACAAGAGAUCUAUAAGAUCCAAGCCAAUGCGUCCAACAAUAUGUCAAACAUUUUAAUACAAUAUCACCUAUCCUUCCAUCUUCAAAGCUACUCUCCAUGGUGCUUGUCAUGGUACCAUCUUCUGAACCAUGACAGGGCCUUUUUGGUAGUAGCACCAAGAUUAAAGAAGCCUGGCUGGCACCCUCUCUAGCAGUGAAGAUAUUGCACUUUCACCAAGGUGCUUUAACCAUUCUCUUGUGGUUUGUGAUGUUGCUGCUCCUGUUUCUUUUAGGUCCCUGUUUUACUAACUGCCUUUUAUUGCUGUGAUUUUAUUGUGUGCUGUUUUUAAUUUCUUGUAAGCAGAUUUGGGGACCUUGUUGUUGAAAGGUGGGGUAGAACAUUUAAUAAUAAAUAAUACAUUUUCUCAGAUAUCUUUUCUUUCCCCUGCCCCCUCGAAAAAGUAGGAAAGGGAAAUCAUAGUCUGUCUUCAUAAACAACUGACAAUAUCAUUCAUUACAAAAAUUACAUGUAUUCAUGGCCUGUACUGAGGACCUAAAAUGACUGGACGUUUUAUUUGUGUGCCCAACUUUAUCUAUUCCAGAGACAGAGACAUCCUAUCUUUAGGAAGGGAGAAUUGGCUCAACAGUUUUGGGGUCUCACUAAGGAGCAGUAAAUUGCCAAUUAUUGUAUUUUUGGUUCUUACAUUUUUACCGCCUUGGGGAGGGAGGCACAAUUUAACUUUUCUGCCUCAGGCUUGCUCAGAGGACAAGGUGCAUUCCUAAUGCCCAGCUUGCUGCAGUACAUUUUCCCCGUCUUAGAGCCGUAAAUUAUUCCAGAAACCAAUGGUCAUCCAAUGAAUCUGAAUAGUGGGGAACUCAGGACAGACAGAAGGGAAUACUUAUUUGGAAGGCACCAACUUAAAUGAUAAAAUCCGCUACCACAAAAGGAAGUGAUGACCACCAAUUUGGGUGGCUUUAAAAGGAGAUUAGACAAAUUCAUGGAGUAUAGGGCCAUCAAUGGCUACCAGUCUUGAUGGCUAUGGCUACCUCCAAGUUCAAAGGCAGCAUGCUUCAGACGACCAGUGACUGGGGAACAGCAGGCAGAGAGGACAGUCGCACCUCCUUUUCUGCUCCCAGGCUGUCCAUAGGCAUCUGAUUGGCUGCUGUGGAAAGCAGAAUCGUGGACUAAACAGGCUUUGUUCUGAUCCAUCAGAGCUCUUCUUAUGUUCUGGAGUCUUUUGUUGCAUACGCUGCAUUUCUCAAAUCAUUCUGAGCUUUCCUCACAGCCCAUCUUCAAAUAUCUUAAGGGCUGUCACAUGGAAGAUGGCGCAAGCUUUUUUUCUCAUGCUCUGGAGGUCAGGACUCGAACCAAUGGCUUGAAGCUACAAGAACGAAGAAUUUUCUGGCCAUAAGAGCUGUUCAACAGUGGAAUGGACUCCUUUGGAAUGUGGUAGACUCUCCUUCCUUGAAGGUUUUUAAGCAGAGGCUGGAUGGCUAUCUGUCAUGGAUGCUUCAGCUAAGAUUCCUGCAUUGUCAGGGAUUGAACUAGAAGACCCUCAGGGUCCUUUCCAACUCUACAAUUCUAUGAUUCUAUUAUUCUCCCUAGGCUUGUAUUUCCAAAACCAGUUUCCCACACUCUGGAGGACUCCCCAACUCCCACAAUGUCCUCCUCUCAGCCACCAUAGGUUUAGAAUGUAUCUUGUAACUGCAACAGUACUGAAGUCACCGAGGCUACCCUAACAGUCCCUAACAGGGUACUCUGAAGUUUUCCCCAAUUCCAAUCGGAUUCCUCUUUCACUGAGUGUGAUAGCGCUUUUUAAAGCCCCAUGCUAGCUAGUCUCUCUCUCUCUCUCUCUCUCUCUGAAUACCUCAGAGGAGCUACUUUGCUUAGAGGACCUGAUCUUUUGCACUCCUCUCCCACUGAGUCUUGCUCAAUUCUGUGGAGGCUCACCAAUCCAUUACAAGCUGCUGCUAACACAUCUCUCUCCUUGUGUACACAUUGCAGCCAGAAUUGUAUAAUUAGAUAUUCAAGGGCAAAUGCUAACAGCCAUUCUCUAUGCUGGCAAUUGUGAAAGAAUAGAAAAUAUAUUUUCAUCCUGUAGUUCACGGCCACAUUGUGCAUACUAUAGUUAAGCUAGCAGGACACCCUACUAAGAGCUAGUACUUAACAACAUAUUAAAAGAGAGCAAGAGAUUGCCAUUGGAAUAAGUGGAGAUAGGCUGAAUGUUGUUCUCGACCUUCCCUCUUUGUUUCCCUUCACAGGUUGCCACAUGGACAUUUCUAAACAGGAAUCAAAAACAAAGGCAAGGACAUUUUUGCAAAAGAGCUGGACUACAGCAAUAGGUGAGCAAUGGAUUGCAAAGGCAUUUUCAGAAGUCUCAGAAAUAUGAACUUGGACAACUUGAUAUUAACCUUGGACCAACAGAGAUGUCCUCAGUUCAGAAGCAGAAGAGCAACAGAAAUUGCCAGACUUCCAGAGAUCAAAGCUAUUGACAUCCUUGGUAUAACCGGUAGCGAUGUUGAAUCUAUAAAAAAAGCUGUGGAAAUAUGGAUUUAUUGCCAGGAUACCUCAUUCUGAAUGGCACGCCAUAUGUAGAAAAAAAUGGCAGUAUCCACGCAUGAGAGAGAGAGAGAGAUCAGCAGGUUUAGAGGAACACCAAAGUUUGCAAAAAGAAAAAAAGCUUUCGCUUUAACCUAUGAGAAUUAAGCAUACACAGUGAGCAUAGAGUUCUGACUUUCUGUUGCAGGGGUCAAAACAUGGUUGUAUGUGGAAUGGCAUAUACGGACACAAGCCCUGGCUGAAACCCUGAACAGGAACACUCCAUGCAGCAACAUUUUGUUGCAGGUUCCAUUUAUCAGCACAAGUUCCAUCACAGGUAAGUAGUUAACCUAAAAAUACAUCUCUGCAGGCACCUACAAUGCUACUGGCUUUAGGCACCUGAUCUGCUGAAUAUUCAGAAUAUCAUUUAAAAUUCCAAGUCAGAAAACUUUUGAGGGAAAUGGCUUCCAGAGGAAUAGCCACAUCAAGCCUCCUGCAGCAAAAAAAAGAGAGAGUCUGGUGGCACCUUAAAGACCAACAGAUUUAUUAUGGCAUGAAGUUUUGUGGACCAUAGCCCACUUCAUCAGAUGCAGAAGACUUUAGCAAACAAUUGUCUUUGCUAUAGUCAUUAUAACUAUCCUACUCACUAUGCUGUUCUAGCCAUGUAACAAGUGGAAAGGGACUCUCGGCAGUGGAAGGCACAAAAGUUUAUAGAACAAUGAGACUGAUAUCCCACAUUUUCCCAUGGUAUGUUGGGUGGAUUUGGAGUCCAGCCAACAAAGGUUAUGGGCCCAGCACACUUCCACUGUCCAGCUCUGCUAAUUACUUACUGUAUGUAAGUAAACAUGGUGGCACUAUCAUUGAGAUCCUCUUUCUGUAGCUUGAUAAGUUAAGGGCACAAAUGUAAUGAAAGAGAGGGGGAGUCUUGCUGCAGGGGGAAUAGUAGAUAGUGAGAAGAGAGAAACUCUGUUUCCUCCUUUAAAGAAACUGGAGGUGCUUGUGCAACCUUUCAUUGUUGUUUACUUUUACAGUGGUACCUUGUUUCUCAAAUGCCUUGGUACUCAAACAACUUGGAACCCAAACACUGCAAACCUGGAAGUAAGUGUUCCGGUUUGCGAAACUUUUUCAGAAGCCAAACAUGCUCCGUUUCGAGUGUUACGCUUUCGAUUUGAGUGCCACACUUCCGUUUUGAGUAUUACACCAAGGUAUGUCAGUUUUUGCUAUUUAUUUUGCAUUUCUGCUUUUGCAGCUCUUUUUUGUUGUUUUUGUGACUGUGUGGAACCCAGUUCAGCUACUGAUUGCUUGCUUGUGUGACUGUCGUUAUUGUUUAUUGCUUUCGUUUUAUGGAUCAAUGGUCUUGUUAGAUAGUCAAAUUCAUAUUAAAUUGCUGUUUUAGGGGUUGUUUUUAAAAGUCUGGAACAAAUUAAUCCAUUUAGCAUUACUUUCUUUUUUUUCUUUUUUUAAUGAUAUUUAUUAAAAUUUCAAAGAAUACAAGAAUUACACAAAAACAAAAAAUAAAAAUACAAGAAAGUACAAAAUACAGAAAAAAGAAUAAAAAAACCCUUAUUAACCCACUGCAUUUAGCAUUACUUUCUAUGGGAAAGCACGCUUUGUUUUUGGAAUGGACUUCCAGAAUGAAUUAAGUUUGAGAACCAAGGUACCACUGUACUUUUCAAAAAGCCACAUGACCACACCCGCUCUCUUUUUUUAAAAAAAAAGUCAUAAUUGUUUAAAUGAAAACAAUUCAAAAUUGCUGUAGGUAUUACAGGGGGAGGUGAGUAUGCAGCUUCCCACUGGCACCACCCAACAGACACCAGCAGUGCUGGUUUCUCUCUUGGGGGGCUUCUCCAGUGUAUUGGUCAAAGUUACUAUGAAACCUGUCAAGCUGUUUUGACCAGAGGUGGGCCACACACACAAAUGUGCAUCAGUAGCAACUCAUCGACAAAACUGUCUCCAAGCCUCUGCAAAGCUUGAGUCGGCACACUCAAGGCCACGUUGCUCCAGCCCAGCGCAUUUCAGCACUGGAAAAGAUCCCAAGUUUGAAAGCCAAUAUAAACAAUCAUUUAGACAAAGUAGAGGGAGCAAAUACAAAUGCCCAGAUUUUCUGCCAGGCUCAAAGAGCUCCCUGCUUGCCCAGUGGAUUAAGGAUGAUGGAGGAAAGGAAUUAAUUCCUUUAGUGUAAUUAACAACUGGGCCAGUUCUGGAGGAUCUUGGGCUGGUAAUGAACCAUGGCACCACUUUAAUUUCUUCCUUGCCCCACCGUCUUGUUAUUAAAACCAAGAAUAGGUUCCAUCAAAUAUCCCUUAAAGGGAAAAAGGGAAAGAGAGAGGGGAAUGGAGCCGGAUUUGUCUCAAUGGAACAUGAUAAAUUAGACUUUGCAGGAUAAAGGGAGAAGGGGCGAAGGGGAGGGCACGGACUGUGAAUUUCUAUAUACAUGCUAUGUAGAGUGUGUGGUAUAUAUACCUACAUAUAUUCUCUUUUGGAAUGACCUCCUUAUGCCCCAUCCAUCAGCCUGGGGUUGGUUUAUUCUAACUAGCAGAUUCUUUUCUUCUGUCUAACAGGCCCAUCAGACACAAUCUGCAUGCCAAUUACUGGAACAGACCCCCUGAUACUGAAAAAUGGAAAUUAGCUGUCAAGGCAAGGCAUCAGCUGAGCAGCUCCGAUUGCUUGCUCUCUGUCUGUGGCUCAUAUCCAUAUCCACUCUGUUCUGUCUGCUGCUCCAACAAGGGAGCCCCCACUGGAAAAAGUAAUCUAAAAAAAAAAUUUUUUUUCUAAAACACCUACCACACUUUAUUGUUAUUCGUAUUAGUUGCCAACAUUGGGGCACAAUGUGAAAUUCACCAGAGGGCAAGAGCCGUUUGGAGGGGAGAGAAAGGAACUCUGAUAAUUGCAUUUUGGUGCUAGGCAGAUCAAGCAAUCCAAUAAAAGGACACUCAAAGGAAAUGCUAAUGUAGGACAAGUGGAACAGGCAAGCAAAAUGGCUUCCGCGCACUCAAAUCUUACUCAGCUUCCCCCUUUACAUAGUCAUGCCUGACCCAGCUGUCCUGGCAUAAGUGAUGGGCAAUGCUCUGUAUGCGUACAUGCGGAUACAUGGAGCCUCAGUUGUCACAGCAGCAGUGCUAAAAUGAGGUCUCAUGAGUAGGGGUCAUCAUGACUUAUGUGUAUUCGCCCUUAUCACAGGAUGUUCUGAUUUUGAUAUUACACUUUUCAGAUCUUUAAAAGCAACCUGCUUGUCCAUCGUCUAG